AUGAUACUUGAAUUUCUUUUAGUGGCAAUUACCCAAGGAAUAAUCACAAAGAGCAAAGGAGAACUAACUGAAUUUACUUACACAACAUCAGGAUUUGUAUGUUAAAAUGGAUAUUCAACAUCCAAAACAAUAGCCUUUCCGGAUUCCUUUGCAAAUGUUCCCAAAGUCAUUUUUGUGCCAACAAUAUUAGACUUUGCAUCCUUUAGCUCAAGUCAGUUUACAGUUAAAUUAGAGAUUUUAAGUGUCAGCUUAACAAGUUAUAGUUUAUUAAUUUAUUUAGAUUUUCAAAUAAAAAUUACAUGUCCAAGCAAAAAAGUGAAUACUUAUCGAUUGAGUUGGUAUGCGAUUGACGAUAGUCGUUUAGAAGUGAUCAAUGAGUCGAUAAAUGACAUAAAUUUAAAUCCUGUUGGAUCCAAAUAAUAUUCAAUCUAAAAUCCUAAUAUAAAAAAAGCGACCGCGAUGAUUCAUUCUUAUGGAAUUAAUGGGGCACUUAGUAUAACUCUGACUGUAUAAUCUAAUUUUAUGCUAGAUUUCAGAAUUAACAACAACAUAUGUUAAAGUGAACAUCAAUGCAAACAGUAAUACGCUUUAUCUUGGUUAUCAAGUAGUAUUGGGAACAGAUGAAGUAAUCAGUUUUAUUGAUGAAAUUGCAGCGUCAAAUACAUACCAAAGUCAACAUUACCCCAUUAUAUCUGAUAGCUAUUUUGUGGCUUCAUUUAGACGUUUAACAAACUCUGGCACUAAUGCUUUCCGAUUAUAAUACUUCAUUACUACAACUAGUACUUAGAUAUAUUAUGACUGCUCGACAUGUAAGCCAUAUUAUUAAUAAAUAAGGGGGUGGUGCUUAUCCAUCAAAUACAAUGAACGUAUUUUGGUUGGGAACAACUCUAAAUUAAGAAUUUUUGCCCAUGGAAUGUUUCACUGUAAGGGUUAGCAAGCUAUAUGACAGAUAUGCAGAUUUAAAGCCAGCAUUUUAGUUGGAACUUUUGGAGAUCAAUAAAGUACUUAAUACAAUUGGAUCAGAAUCUAUAGUUCUUAAUGAAUCUAUUUAAUUAUUAACUAUCCAUAUUUAUUAUAAGUGCCCAUCAAACAAUACAAAGGUGCAUAGUUAGUUGAAUAGAUGCAAUAGUUGUACUGGAUCCAAUAAUAUCUAUAACUUAAAUCAUUAUUGUCAUGGAUCAAUGAAUACAAUCAAUAUUUAUGCUAAAUACUAAGCUUAGGCCAAUUAUAAAGAAUUGACCUUAACUAGAGCUAGCAAUGGCGUAACUAUUGUUUAAACCUUAAGAAAUAGAAGUGUCUCCUAAAAAACGGUUUUAAAAGUGGAAUUUUUAGAUAUUUGA